AUGGCGUCCCGCAAGAGCACCCCGGACGAUGACUACGUGGACGACGAUGACGACAUCAUCAAUCAGGAUGCCAUGGACGAGGACGACGACGGCAUGACGCCCGCGCCCGAUGACGAGGACGGCGACGACGAGGACGCCGUCCCGGCCGAGAAGCGGGAGCUGGCGCGGCAGGAGCGUGAGCGGCUGCGGCUGCAGGAGCAGCAGAAGAAGGCGGCGCUGGAGCGGCUGAGGGACGAGGAGAACCGCUCAGCAUCAAAGGGCGAGGCGUCCCGCGAGCAGAACCGGCUGCAGUUCCUGCUGCGCCAGGCGGAGGUGUUCCAGCACUUUGCGCCGCAGACCCUCGAGAAGGCCAAGAAGCAGUGA